GGAUGAAUAAAUUCUUUUCAUUCAUUGUUCUGAAUAAAAAAUUGUCAGUUCUAUCUGAUUCAACAGAAAUUCCAUAAAGAAUAGAAAUAGAAUGACAUGGUAUAUUCCAGCUUCUUCAAGAUAUCCCCUUCUCCAUCCUCCCUCUUCUACCGAUCGUCCAGACUUUCCUCAACCCCUCCCCAAUCCCCACAUCGACAUCAAACACAGCCCCAAUAGACAGACAGACAAGCAAGCAGACACACACACACAGAGAGAGAGAGACAGACAGACAGACAGACAGAAUUCACAAUAAACCGGGUAUAUCCACCAACCAACCAGCCAACCAACCGAAACAAA